UUUUGGCACUUCUUCUUCGAUACAAUGGCUAGGAGCUGGCUUAUUGACAUAGGAGGAUUUGCAAAGAAAGUGAAAAACACUACUCUAUCUUCAGCUGAUCAAAUUAAGGAUUGUGGGGCAUAUCGUGAAUGCCCGAAUUGUCAUUACCAUAUCGAUAACAGUGAUGUUUCUACUGAGUGGCCUGGCUUUCCUGUUGGUGUAAAGUUUGAUCCUUCUGAUGUAGAACUCUUAGAACAUUUAGCAGCAAAAUGUGGCGUUGGGAACACAGAGCCGCACAUGUUUAUCCAUGAGUUCAUCCCAACACUGGAAGGAGACCAAGGUAUUUGCUACACACAUCCAGAAAAUCUUCCAGGUGCUAAGAAAGAUGGGAGCAAUGUCCAUUUCUUUCACAGAACUAUUAAUGCAUUUACAACUGGUCAACGAAAGCGCAGAAAGAUUCAUCAUGAUGGUUUGAGCGAAGAGCAUGUGCGUUGGCAUAAGACUGGUAAGACCAAAGCUAUAGUAGAAGAUGGUGUACAUAAGGGCUUUAAGAAGAUCAUGGUUCUUUAUAUAAAAUCUGAGAAAGGGUCCAAGCCCUAUAAAUCCAACUGGGUAAUGCAUCAGUACCAUCUAGGGACUGAAGAAGAUGAGAAGGAUGGUGAAUAUGUGGUUUCAAAAAUAUUCUAUCAGCAGCAAAAGCAGAGUGAGAAGAAUGAGGAGAAUCCAGUGGCUGAAGAUUCAGACAAUAUAACAUCACGAACAAGUCCAAGGACUCCAAAACCAAAUCCCCCCAAUCCACCUCGUAUAGGAAAAUGUGUUGACUGUGAUGACAUUAUUGGUGAAAUUGCACUCCAGGAUGCCAAGUCUAUCCCUGGAGGAUCACAGGCUCAGCAAUUUGAUAUUCAGGAUCAGGAGAAUACAAGCAAUCCUGCAUGGUUGGCUGGUGAAUCCCAGGCUUUGGAAAACUCUGGAUUUGGCGGCUUGGAUGACAUAUUAUUAUGCCCGGAAAUCUUGGAUUCUUUUGCUCUAUUGAAUGAUUCUGGAUUGGACUCUGCCAUUCUCAAUGGUUUUGCUUGCAAUGGAAAUGAAAUGGCUGGAAAUGAUAAUGCAUCAUGUGGAAUUUCUUUUCUGGAUACACUGCAAUUGGGUACUCCUCCAGAUUUUGAUCCUUCUAAUUUGGAAUUUUGUUCUCAAGACAGUAUAUUUGAGUGGAUUGACAGGUUAUGAGGUGCUGUUUUAAAGCAAA